AUGUUCACUUCGGACCAAGUCGCUCGCGUGUGUGAGAACCUGGAGGAGACCGGGGACAUCGAGCGCUUGGGCCGGUUCCUCUGGUCCCUGCCGGCCGCCGUGCCUGGGUCUGCAGGGGAGGCACUGAACCGUCAUGAGUCCGUGAUGAGAGCCCGAGCUCUGGUGGCCUUUCACGGGGGGAACUUCGAGGCGCUUUACCAGAUCCUCCAGAGCCACCGCUUUACGCGCGAGUCUCACGCCAAACUGCAGGACAUGUGGCUGGACGCGCACUACCGGGAGGCGGAGAGGCUGCGAGGGAGGCCCCUGGGACCCGUGGAGAAGUACCGCAUUCGCAAGAAGUUCCCCCUGCCCAGGACCAUCUGGGACGGGGAGCAGAAGACGCACUGUUUCAAGGAGCGAACACGCAGUUUGCUGAGAGAGUGGUACCUCCAGGACCCUUACCCAAACCCGUCCAGGAAACGACAUCUGGCCCAAGCCACAGGACUCACGCCAACACAAGUCGGGAACUGGUUCAAAAACAGACGCCAAAGAGACCGCGCUGCCUCCGCUAAAAACAGACUACAGCAGGACUCGCUGCUCCCAUCAGAGAGUUCCCCUGAAAACUCAGUACAAGAGCGCCAUCGUCUGGGUAGUCCCGAGAACAGCGACUCCAGCACAGGGGCCGACCACAGAGGCACCGGGGCCUCCACUCCGGAGAUCUCUGUCAGCAGUGACAGCGAGUUUGAGUCAUGA